UCUUGUCCUGGAGAGAUAAUAUCCAGCCCUAGAGAACAUCCAGCCCUAGAAAACAUCCAUCUCUUGGUUGUUGUUCGUAGGCGGCUUGGCAUGAUGUGCGUGCGUCCCUCCCCCUUAGUGCACCUACCUACCGACUCGCUCCUUUUCUCCUUUCUCCCCUCCCACUCCCAUCCCAUCACAAGCAUCUCCCACGACCACGAGGGUUUCCGUUUCCCCCAACGCUGCACUGUACUGCUCUGUGAUGCCAUUGAUGCCAUUAAUGCUGCAAUGGUAGCAGCAAGAUAUCGAAGGCCUCUCCCUCGUCAGAUCCACGAGUUCUCAACUUGAGAAACAUGCAUCAUGAGAUGAUGUCACUUCAACCCGCCGUCACGGUGUUCGGCUCUCGCCGCUAGCGUGUUCCAGCGUCAUCUCCUACUAUCACUCGAAACCUCCCUUCCUAUUAGUACGUCCCUCACUGUUCGAAGUAGGUCCCUUGCUAUUAGAACGUCCCUUACCUUACGUACUUCCCUUACUAAUUGUAGCACUAUUAGUUCUUUGAAUCCCAUAUGGAUAUGACGCCGCCGCCACAACCGUCGCAGCAGGCCCGAAUCCGGUUUCCUCCGCCGAGCCACCCUCCGAGCCACCCUCCGAGCCAUCCGCCGAGCCUCCCGCCGCCAUGGCCGGCGUACGAGCCGGCGGCCGUCCACAAGCUGCCGCGCGACGUGAUCGCGAAGAUCUUUUCGCACCUGUCCGUCGCAGACCGCUGCUCCGUGUCGCUCGUGUGUCGCCAGUGGUUUCGCUACGAGCGACUCCUGCCGCACUACAUGCAAAGCGAGGUGAGCGCGGCGGAGCUCCGCUUCGUGCUGCGCCGCUUCCCCCUCAUCCGCACGCUGCGCGUCCGCUUCUUCGGCCCCUCCGUGUUGCCAGGGGGCCCGCGGGAGGAGCGCGCGGACGACCGCCACCACAAGCGCCCGGGGGUGGGGGGAGGCGCAGCGGGAGGGGCAGGGUUCGGGGGAGGCGGAGCGGAGGCUGGGGGCGGCGGCGCAGGGGUUGGGGGAACCGUUGGCGCUUCCAGCACCGCCGCGAGCGGCGGAAGCAGCACCACAAGCACCACUGCCAACGCCGCCGCGGCGCACGGUCCUCCUCCUCCGCCCUCGUCCUCCGCCUCCCCCUCCCCCUCCCCCUCCCCCAUCAGCGACCAAGACAUCCUCGACGGGUCUGCUAUAGUCCGUUUACUCUCCCUCAACACGCCCCUUCAGAUCCAGCAAGUAGCAGGCACACACGUGGAGUACCUCUCUAUCUGCAACUGCGGGGAGUUUGAGAUCCAUCAGGGUUUAAGGGAUUAUAUGAGAGACACUAUCGCCAAGUGGGGGCGGAGUAUUCAGCACUUGGAGAUGCACGAUCCGCGUUACUUAAGCGACGACUUUUGGCGGUGCGUGGAGGGGCACCGGAUGCUUAACAAAGUGACGGUGUAUAAGUGCACGCGCUUAACGGAUCAGUUCUUCAGGUAUGUGUCCAAGUGUGAGACGCUGAGGGAACUGUCGAUCGCCAGCUGUCCGAACGUGAGUGGCGCCGGGUUUGCUGAGCUGGCGGAAAACUGCCCGGGAUUGGAGGAGAUGGUUCUGGAGGAUCUCACUCUAAAUGUGGUGGGGAAGAAAGCGAGGCGCGGGGAGGGAGGGGAGAGAGAGGGAGGAAGGGAGGGGCUGGUAUUUGAAGGGGAAAGGGAGAGGGGAGGUGGAGGGGCGAGGGAAGGCGAGAAUAUGGAGGAUGGGGAGGGGAGAGAUGGGGGGAGGGCGCGUGAUGGUGCAGGGGAGAUGUUUGAGUCGACUCAUCCGUCACCAGAGGCGCAAGAAGGAGCAGGGAGGGGGUUAGUAGGCCGGGGCGGUAUUGCAUCGUCCUUCCCUAAACUUUCCUCUUUAAAGCUGAUCAACUGCGUGCUCGAUGCCCAUUGGCUGGAGAUGUUUGCCGGGCAGCUGCCCGCCCUGCGCAGGCUGACCGUCAUGGCCUGCCCGGACCCGCUCGACCGGUUUUUUCUGACCGUUGCCCGAACAGCUGCCCGUUUGGAGAGUGUAGAGAUUGUGGAUUGUGAGGGGGUGAGUGACUCUAGCAUUGUGGCUAUAAUGAAAGGCUGCACGGAAAUCAAGUGCCUGUCUUUGAGCGGGUGCGAGGGUGGGGGAGGAGGGGGAGGAGGAGGGAGAGGGGGAGGGGGAGGGGGAGGGGGAGGGGGAGGGGGAGGGGGGGUAGGAGGAGGGGGAGGAGGAGGAGCAGCAGGAGGAGGUAGCAACAGCAGAGCAGCGAGGGUGACAGACGCGAGUCUGCAUGCGUUGGUGGUUCAUGGAGUGAACCUGAGAUCGCUGCAGCUUAAAUGGAGCCAUGGAUUCAGAGGGGACGAGCUGUCUCGAGAUGUAAUGCGGCCAUGGGGAGGCUACGCCUAUUCCCAUGGUCAAUUCUCCUCCCCCGCCCCACUGCCUGCGUCUACCUCGUCUCCACGUCUCAUGCCGCUUGCUGUCUCGCCGCCCGCUGCGGUCUUCGCUCCAGUUUCUGCUCCCAUGUCGCUGUCACCGCGUGGCUUACAGUCACAUGCACAGCCCCAUGCACAGCCCCAUGCACAGCCCCAUGCACAGCCCCAUGCACAGCCCCAUGCACAGGCCCAUGUGCAGCCCCAUGCGCUACAGUCACAUGACAUGCAGUCACAUGGCACACUCUCGCAUGCCUUACAGUCACACGACAUGUACUCACAUGACAUAUUUUCGCAUGAGAUACCCUCGCAUGGCAUACUGUCACAUGACAUACAGUCACCCGGGUUCCGGUCACACGGACUACAGCUACCUGUGACGCACUCGUAUACACUGCCUCAUCUGCAGCUGGGGUGGAGUGGGCUGGAGAGCCUAGAGCUGGAGGGCCUUGAUAGGUUGUGCAACUCUUUCCUGCUGCUCGUGGCUGCCAGCUGCCCACGUCUCUCGAGAAUCACGGUCGAGUACUGCAGGGAAAUAUCUGAAACUGGCCUCAUCCCUCUCUUCCAGUCGUGCCACCACUUGCAGCACAUCUCUUUGUCUGGCUUCCGAGCCUGCCACCUGUCGGACCUGGUGCUCCACACCAUUGCAGCCCACUGCCCGCUGCUAGACACCCUCAGGCUGCGGGCCUGUAACGGGGUUACCACACAUGGUGUUGCGCGGGUGUUACAUGGCUGCGAACAAAUCGCGCGCUGCCACCUGGCACGUUGUCAGAAGGUGGAUGAGGAAAGGGUGGUGCGAGUGGCUAGGGAGGUUGGGGAGGUGAGGGCGAGGGGAGCAGGAUGGAGUCGAGGUGCUGUGGAAAUGCCUGUAAUUGAGGUAUCUUGAAUCCUAGUCUACAAAUCUACAUAGGUGAUUGAUUGCCCGCUUGAUGAGGGGUGAACAUGAAGCCAAAUAGUGUAUACAUACCUGAGCAGUUUC